AUGAAGGCCAUCACCACAAUUGCCCACGUGUCCCACCUGCUAGCGGUGCUGCAAGAGGCAGCCCGUGAGCUGGACCGGCUCGCGGCAACCACCCGCGGACCCCGCCGGGACGUGGACGUGGACGUGGACCAAGCCAGCGUCAGAUUGAAGGGAAUUUGCUCUGAGUUGGAGACGGAUGCGGCUGCCGAGCUGUCGAUCAGGGCCUCCCCCAUUGCCGCGCACUAUCGCGCGUCGUCAAGCAUACUGAAGAAUGCCGCGGAUGCCGCGGCGCAAGUGGCUGUGAUGCCGAUGGAAGCCAAGUCCAAAACGACGGCGAUGCUGGAGCGGCUCAAGCUGAGCAAGAAAUUAUCCACGAAUGGCUCAGAUGAAAUAGCAGCGAUGCAAGCUCGAAUCAAGGAGCAAGUCGAACAAGUCAGCAAGCUCCUGUCGCCAUCACUACUGGAAGAUGCUGAAAAUGAGCAUCACGAGCUGUCACUACUGCCACGAAUUGACGCCUCCAAAAUGGCGACCUUGCAGGCUGCUUCCUCAUCACUACGUGCUUCGAUGGCCAUUCUGGCAGGCUGCGCCAGUGAGGCCGUCCAGACCCUCGCUCUUCAUCUAGAGAGCCUCAUUGCCAAACAACAGCAGGCCGCAGCCCUUGCCGCCCUCCAGUUCUACAAGCUCCACGAGAGAUUCGACAGCAUCACCACCGCCGAGACUGACACCUUCGCUUGGUUGCUGCCCGGCGACGAGCGCGAGGCCGCGCUCGACGACCAUCGGGCAGCGGCCAAGAGGGCGUUCCUGGACUGGCUCGACGCCGGCACCGGCUUCUUCUACGUGUCCGGAAAGCCUGGCGCGGGCAAGUCGACCCUCAUGAAGUUCAUCUACCGUAGUCCGGAGUUCUACGAGCGAGCCCAGCGUGGUCGCUGGGCAGACACCGCUACCACGUCGUCGACAACGCUCGUGCUUGGCCGCUUCUUCUUCUGGAAGCCGGGCCGGCCCACACAGAAGAGCGUCAGUGGAAUGCUCCGUGGCCUGCUGUGCUCUGUACUCGAGGCGCAGCCAGCCAUUGCGGCCGCGGCGAUGCCGGAGCUUUGUGCGAGCCUCCUCACCACAGACGGGGAUGACGCGGCGGUGGCCGCGGUGAGCGACGAGGAUGUUAAGAUGGCAUUUCAGAACAUGCUGAGCGCACUCGCCCGCAGCAAGAAGUACGCGCUGCUUCUCGUGGUGGAUGGCUUGGACGAGUUGGAAGGCGACCACGGCGCGCUGCUCACGCUCAUGCAGUCGUGGGUAUCGCAAUACCCGUCCACCGUCAAGAUCUGCGUCUCAAGCCGUGAGCACGGCGUUUUCGAGUCCUUCUUUGCCAAGACCGCCAAGUUUCGCCUGCACGAGCUGACCAAGGACGACAUGUCGCUGCUAGUCGCCGCGCGCCUCCGCGCCAGCCCGGCCUUGGCGCGGCUGCUGCCCAGCCGCGAGGAGAGCCCGGACAUCCUCGGGCCGCUGUUGGUGGAACGCGCCGUAGGCGUGUUCCUCUGGGUAGUGCUCGCCGUCUCGUCGCUCGAAGAUGGCGCGGAGGCGGGCGACAUCCGAAACGCGGGGGAGCUCGAGGGCCGCGCCCGGCGCUUCCCGUCGGAGCUGGACGACUUCCUGCCGUACGUGCACAAGUCGGUCACCGAGCACAGUCGGCCGUGGGCGUACAAGGCCAUGGCGCUGGCGCGAUUCACGCAGUUUACUGUCGCGGAGCUGCUAUCGGAAGGCGGCGGCGGCGGCUACCCGGGCGUUGGGCUCAUGGAGUUCAUGCUCAUGGACGAGGUGUCGCAGUCCUGGAACCUAACCACGUUUUCACCACGGUCCGACUCCAAGACGGCCAGCGUCGAGGAACGGCAGGAAGCAGCGCGCCGGAAAGUUCUCUGCCGGCCCAGGGGCUUCCUGGCGGUGUCCAACCUGUCACAUGUCCGCAGCUGGCCGGCCAAUGGCACAGACAAGUUGUACAUUACCUUUACCCAUCGCUCGGUGGUCGAGUUCCUCGAGAGUCCACCUGCCGCUGCGACCAUGGCAACCUACGUAGGGAGCUUUGAUCCAUUCUUGGCAAUGGCGUCGAGCGACUUGGCCGCACUACGUUUUGCCUCGCCGCAAGACUUCCCACUGCUGAAGGACAGGACAAACCUACCACCAAGCGAGAGCGUAGAGCUGAGCGGGCUCCUCGCAGAUGCCUUGGUACAGCGCUUGAGCGAGCUGAUUCAGUGCGCCCUGGCAUUGCAGAAGGCAAAGUCUGCAAGGUUUCUCAGCCUUCUCGACGCCAUUGGUGAUGCCAUUAGGCGACACUUGACACUCUUACUGCCACUCCAGCGUGUUCGCCUCGCGGUAGAGGACAGUUCGCCUCAUCAGAUUCUGAUCAACCUGACGCUGGCCAACCAUGUCUUUGAGUAUAGUGAAUGGAAGCGAAAACAGCCCAUCCUCGACGGCAGCAAGAAGGCAAUGAGCGCAGGGCUAUUUCAUGCGUUCCAGGGCAUGAUACGGCGAUGCAGACCUGCAAACAGGCCGACCAUCUGCUCGCGCGAGCUUCAGGGGGGCCAACUAAUCCCUGUGAUCAACAACACCCCUGGCCUUUCAAGUUCAAAAGUGUCGGUGGAAAGGUUGCUUAAAGUCUUGAAAGAGUUCUUCGAAAAUGGCUUGGAGAUUAACUGGAGUUGGCACGGCACCUGGCAGGGCGCGACAACUGCCCCGGAAGACGCCUGGACAUGCUGGCAGGUCAUACUAUGGGCCAUUGUAACGGGCGACAUUCCACAGGAAGAGAAGCACGAAGAUAUUGUGACACUGCUUUUUUCACACGGUGCAUCCGCUGACAUGAAGAUUAUAGCAGGGAUACCUAAGGGUCCGCUGCAGUUGGGAGAUUUGGAACCAACGGAGGGCUGGUAUCUGGUGUCUCCGUUUGGAGUUCGCACUGAUAAAAUUGGUGGAAAGAAGCAGGUCGGCGAUGCCACUGGUAGAAGUUCUAUGCUACCAGCGGUGCUUAUGCAUGAGUCUUCGCCAGUUGUUUGGUGGGCGAAACAACACGACUGGACGUUCACCUUGCGAGACUUGGUGACGCUCAAAUUUGGGAAAGACGCUGGCAAGUUCGCGAUCUUGCUAGGCGAAGAGAAGAGUUGA